AGUUUGGGGACACGCUCAGAAUCGAGGGUAUGGGGGGUGGGUAUCCGAGUCUCUCUCUCUCUACUCCCUCGGACACAGAUCCUUCUCUCUCCCCGGCGCGCGCGCACACACUACACACACGACCCUAUUUAAGAAGCACCAUAGCCCACCGCUUUUUCCCAUGCACUUGUCUUCUUCACCCCCAACACCACUUCUCUAGUUCUUUUUUUGUUCAUGGCUCCCAUAUCUCUCUGUCUAUAGCUUAACCUGAUCAAAUACUUGCUCUAUUCCCUCCUCUUCUUUUAAGUUCCCUCCCUCGUGUAUGAUCUCUCCCUACUGAUCCCCUCAUUAUACCCAUCUCUUCCUUCAAGAUAACGUAGUUUUCUAGCUUUCUCUGACAAACCCCCUCAACGUUUGUCUUUCUAAGCCAAUUCCCUCUCCUUAUCUUUAAUCUAUUUCUGACACGCCAACCCUAACAAUGUCUAGCAGAAGAUCCAGUUCCAGGCAGCAGUCAGGUGUUUCCAGGAAUAUCACUGAUGACCAGAUCACCGAUCUUGUUUCUAAGUUACAACAACUCAUCCCUGAGAUCCGCAAUAGGCGCUCCGACAAGGUCUCGGCUUCCAAGGUCUUGCAGGAGACUUGCAACUAUAUUCGAAGCUUACACAAAGAGGUGGACGGCCUUAGCGACCGCUUGUCCGACCUUUUGGCAACAACAGACACUGAUAGCGCUCAAGCGGCCAUUAUCAGGAGUUUACUUAUGUAAUAUAUUAGCUAUCUAGAGAUCGUUAUCACUCUCUGCAUGUGCUUUGUACGUACGUUCUUAAGCUAUCUAAAUAUCUUCUGCCAUAUAUAUAGCUAGCUAGGGAUCAUCGGGCACUGGGCCGCAGCACAAAGGGUCAACAUGACGGGCUCCGUGGUAUCCCUUAAUUUUCAAACGUAAUGUAGUAAUUAUUAACUAAUCAUAUAAUAAAAAGACUUCUAGAGUACUACUCAUUUUUUGAGUUGCUCUGAAGCUCUUUUUGUA